ACUUUUCUCUGCGGCUGCCCCCCUCCUCCUCCUCCUCCUCCCUUCCCCUCUGCAUUACUCUCCCUGUUGUUCUGUCUCUUCCACAGGCUGUGCUAGAUCAGGUAGCACGACACACACAGACAGUGACAGGGUUGUGUAGCUCUUCCUCCUUCUCUCACUCUUCUCCUUUUUCAUCAGACAGGCAAUCACAGGGACCAUUUGACUGCAGGAGGUGAGUAAAACAAACGGCCUUGUUUGUGGUGUUUCAGCAGUUUUCCACUAAGUUUUGUGUCUUCUCUAGUUCAGCACAUGUCUAAACUUAUUUGUAGCUCUCCAAAAAGAAAAAAAAGAAGUCAAGAGGAGCAGUUAGUCACUGAUUUAACACCUACUUGUGGUUAUUAAGUUUGAAUUAGGUAUGACUUUACUCAUUUAGAGAUGCUUUUAUCAGCUGUGUUACUCUUAAGCACAACACUAUUUGACAUACUGAGGAAAACUUGUGUUCAACACUGUGGCAGUAUGUUUUAAAUUAAAGAUAUGAACUAAAAAUGAAUUAUUAAGUGAUAUUUUUCAGCAUCCUAGAGUCAUUGUAAGUGCUUUGCGUAUUUUGGGGAUGUUUGUGUCGAACCCUUGAAUAUAUUUGUCAUGGUGACACUCAAAGUAAGAAAACCAACCCCUGUUGGCUUUGCAUGGCUUUUUAAAUACCCAGAGUCAGCAGUGAAGGUUUUCCUCAGCUGUAAUGAGGACUGUACAGUCUGGGUACUUUUAUUUUAUGCUCUAUGAAAGAUUGAACAGCUGUGUGCGCUCUCUGCCCCUCUUCUCGUCAUGGUGCAAGCACAAUACGGGGUUGUGUUUGGGAAUCGGCCCACUUAGUGAGGAUUUUCUGGCAUGGUUACCGUCCUGAAGUGGUGCCCUCUUUGCUUCCCCUUUCUUCUUGGGCUCUGCCAACCAGGUGGUUGCGUCUGUAUUCGGUUACCGUGGAAACAUUGAAAGCGGGCUCCCUGCCCCUCCCUCAGGUGCACUUUAUCUGAUGACCUGAAGGAUGCUCUGCUGAAGCUCCCAAACACACACUAGCAUCUGUUUGCUGACACUUGACCCCUCACAUAGACAGCAACAGACACAUGAAAGGAAGAAGAGAAGUGACUUGUUUUACUCUGAGUAGUUUCGAUGCACAUGCUCGGCUGAUUGGAUGUCAUGUUCUUUGCUGCUUAUGUAACUGCAGAAAGCAAAUAAAGACUAAAAGGACUUCACGUGUCAGUGCAAACUUUUUCAGCAAGUACUCCCCCUGAGGCAAGAAACUUGUGUCUCUUUGUAAACACCAAAGCCAUUAAUGUCCAUGUUGACCUGGGAUCACCUGGAGCAGGUAAAGAGUCUGGUGUCUCAUUCAAGUGUGUAUUUAGUGUAAGAACAAGAACAAACUUAUCCCCAAGGCUGUCAACAAAUAUUCUAAAUUCGAACUUGAAUAUUUAAAAGAAAAUGAGAACGAAUGUGAAAAUUCAUAUUUGAAUGUUAAAAAAACAGUGAGCAAAAGAACUGAGUGGAAAAAACAAACAAACCAAAAAAACGGGCUGCUUUGUAAGUCAGCGCACUGUAACGAUGGGUCAGGGACAGGUCACAGGAGCUGCACCUGCAGUGAGACUCGACAAAAAACGUCCGUGGCACAUGCAGAGAGAGAUGGAGGGAUGUUCGGAGCAAAACUCUGACCAGCAAUUUCCACAGCAUCCGGAACGGCUACGAAAAGGCCGUAUCCACCGAUUGUAGCUAAUCGUAACCAUUCAAGUUAAUGUGUCAAUUUCCACCGGCUUCUUUCCGUUCUGCUGCAGAUUGCCAGACUCUGCAGCUGAUUGCCAGAGCUCUAUUUUUUUCAGGACGCCAAAGCAUGCCGGAUAAAUUCAGCACAGAUUAACCUGUGCUGGGAAGUAAGUCGGGCACAGACACAAAAUAAAACAUCCAUCCUCUUUUCAAAAUAAAACACUCUGUGUUUCAGGCGGAUCAUAUUUCACACCGUGCAAAUGGGUGGGAACGAACAAGUGAAAGGUUUAUAGAAAGCAUUUCAUCCUGAGAACAUCAUGGAUGAGGGGAUGUUGAUUUUAAAAGUCUUGAAGUAGAAUUCCUCCUCUGGAAGGACACAAUCUACUGCUUAGCCUAUGUGGCUAAAGACAACUUGAUAUUGCAUGAUUGCAUGUGAAUCCGCGGGUUCUUGUUAGUUCUCGCGAUUCCUGCGGUCCAAAAUCCGCCACGAAAUCCGCCUCACAAACGGAUCCGGUAGGAAUUAGCCUACGGCGAAAAUCCCUGCCCUUCCGGAUCGGAGGCGUUCGGGAUGCAGUGGAAAUCCCGGGUAGUGGUCUGGACUCCAAUGAACUUCAGAAGCUCUGUUUGGAAAUUCUUCAGAUUUUGGGUAGACAUGGUAGACGGAAAAAACACUGAGCGAGAAAAAGUUAUAUGCAAGCUGUGUUGAAAGAUGUUAAAACUGAAAAAAAAACAAAAAACCUGUACAAGUACUUAUGUCUUGUAUUAGUUUCUCCUGUUUUCCUGUUUUAUUAGUUGUCCUCCUAUUGGCAUGAGGCGCGAAUAUAGAUAUUCGAAUAUGUUCGAACCUAUGUGUUAUUUUUAGAAUGAAUAUUCAAAUGUCAUUUUGGAGCAAUUUUGACAGCAUCAAAGGCCACAACCUCGACCACUUACUACCCACUUGCAGAAAAUCCUGCACGGUCAGAUAGUGUCAGACCUUUUGUGUGGGCAUGGAGGGUUUUUCAUAUCGAUUUCUUUUCUGUAUUGAAUAUUUUGGGACUCAUAACACCCAGCAGAAAGCAGGGCUGGAGUGGGUGUCAUGGAGCCACAGCCUGGUACGGCGCAGCUGAUGCAACCAGGAGGAAACUGGCGCUGAGGCCUUGUUGUUGCUUCUGACGGGCUGCCAUGAUGUCACCACUGCUGACCCAACAAUCCUGACAUUCCUGCUGAUAGAGUUUUAAGCAGACGUUGAGGGUAGUACGUGGGAGAUACGUGGGCGGGAUGUACAGACUCGCACACAUAUGGCCUUUGUCUUAGCUCUGAUUAGUAAUCUGGCAUAUCCACCAACACACACACAUCAUUAAUUCAGCUCCAUGCACAUGCCCACUCCACACACACUCAGACCCUCCUCCAGCCUGAUGAAGAUGGUGAUGGCAGUCUCACUGGCCUUGUUAAAAUUCAAAAGGUCUUCAAGUGCCUGUACUUGAAGUUCUGGGAAAUCAUUUUGCAUAUAGACUCUGCUUUAAUCUUUAAUGUCUCCUUUUAGGACGGCAUGAUUUGACAGAUUCAAAUCUAUUGUGUCCUAGUGUCAUCCUAUCUCAAUGCGUAUGUGUGCAUGCAGGCAUAUAUUUUCUGUUUGUGUGAGUGAAGUGCAUGAUUGUAGCAACAAAAGACCUUCACGCUAUGACACAGCUACAGCUUUUCCUUUGAUCCAGUAAAGCCACAGAAGGAGAGAGAUGACAGGCCCGGUGCGGUGAAAGCUUUUAAGAGCUGUUGUUCCCGCAGGUGUUUGGAUAGUCCUUUCCCACACACACACAUUCUGUGUAAUAGAUUGGUGGUGUAAACAGUGUUUUGAAUAAAUGGAUAAAAAAGUGAGGAGGGCAUCUUCGGCUCUAAAAAGGGUGAAAAGCAUUUCGACGAGACAAAGAUGGAAGAAAACUGUGUCUGACAAGCACAUUACAGGCAAAGGUGUGGAGAAAAUAGGAGUAGACAGACAGGCUGGACAUCUGUGAGUGCAUCCGGGGAGCCUUUGACUCGCUCUGUGUGGGGCUUACAUAGCUUUUGUUCACCUCUGACCCCUGACCCGCUCCCACCUGACUCGCAUUUCCCAUGAGUUCAGCCUCCCCCUUCAAAUUCUUCAGUUUUUACAGAGAUGAUCAUUAAACCAGCAUUUGCAGCGCCUAUACAAGCCAGUAUCUCUUCUUCGCUUACGUUUGAUCUGUAUUUUCCCACUCUCACAGUGGGUUGCCUAUAUGAAAUUUACAUCUGAGUUGGCACUUGUAUCUCGUAUAGAGGAAAAGGAUUCAACAAAAUCUUCAUCUUAUGAUGUGAUACAGUUCACGAUGCUGGAUUUGUGAUUCUUUUUCUUUUGGUUUAUACUCAAGCUUUAGAGAAGUGCAUGCCUCAUAAGGAUGUUAUUUGUUUAUUAUGCCUUUUAACUCCCUUACACUGGCUUCUCUGUUCCCUCUUUUGAAAACAAAUGUGCUUUUAUUUUGGAAAGACCCUAAAAGUACUUCUGCCUUAUUGUGAAGAUGUGGAAGUAAUUGAGCCCAACUUAAAGAACAAUAACUUGUAAAAAGGUUUAUGGUAUCAGCACUCCUCAAUUAAACAGGCUUUCAUUAAAAUAAGUACAUAAGUAGUAGAGAGAGAGAGAGAGAGAGAGACCAACUACUUUUCAUUGAAAGACGAUGGUAAUCUCCUUCAGAAAAGAAGUUAAGUGGUCAAUAAAUUCUAGCGAUGUAGUAAUACACUUUAAGUCCCACUCUGAUCGUUUUUUUUUUGACUACUUCAAGUGUUCUCAGUGGUCUUUAAAUUGUGAUGAUGUGAAGUUUUUAACCAAAAUCACAUUACCUGUGUCAUUUUCAAGGCUUUUUCUACUGCACAGCUCCAGUAGAUCAUAAGCAAUUCACCUCUGAGUCGAGGGUGGAGACAGCGCUGCUCUGCACACUCCUCUUCAUGCUAGCUUGUAGCCUAACAUUUCCAAUGUAGUCGAAGUGGCAGGUAACAUAGGAGCUUUUCAGCUCUCGGACACCAAUGUCUUUGGGGACACGAUGAAAGCAAAUAUCAUAAUUAGCUUUCUUACUAGCGUUGCAAUCUGCUAACGCACACGCUUGUUCUGCGAUUAUCCUCUCUACUUCUCUGAGUCUGGCCUGCAUAGCCGGGCUCUUGGGGCGGAGCUUGGAUUUGCUACAUAGGAAAUCUCACUGUGUCUGCCAGAGAUUCACAGUGAUUUGAAUGCAGAAAUAUUCAGAAAUGCAAUUCUGCACUUGGUUUUCUCAUGAUAUGUCCUGUAGCAUCAGAAAAAUGCCAUAUGAACAUGUAGACAACAAGAAAAACAUGAUUUUCAUUGAAGUGGGUCUCGAAAAUAUGAUAUGAUGCGCAUCAGAAUUAUGGUUCUCUGGUAGUGCCCUCAGCUGCCCAGCUUCCCAGGUAUUAUGGGUGUGUGUGUGGUAAACACUUACCGUGCAACAGAUAGUUUCUUACCUGCUGCUUCUGUCCUUAUUCACCCAUAGACAUAAGACUCAUAAUUAUUACAUCAAAUAAGACAAGUCACAGGCAGAGAGUUCCCUCUCCUGUUGACUUGGUUUUCAUCUGAUCCAUUUUUUAACUGUCUCUCAUGAACUGACUUUAACCUGUCUUCAUGCUUAGUACAGGGGGUCUCUAAAAGCAGGGUCUUUUUUGUGUCUCUGCUCAUUUGCACUUCUUGCAUAGAAGAGGUACAGAGAAAAGGGAUGAGGCAGAGGUGGUUUUGCAGGCCCCACAUUGACAUCCUUUCCUGUUCUGAGUAGAAGUUAAAGCUUGAUGGGCUGUUUUAGAUGUCUUUCAGAACCGACCCAGAGAUUGUAGCAUAUUUGAGUUUAAAGCAGCAUCAGGCUGCAGAGUUUGACUCAGGUAUAGCUGGAUCUCACAGCGACUGAUUACACAUCUAGAAGUAGGAUGAAACAAACGGGCUGAGAUUAAAGGACUGAAAAAUAAACAACUACAAGGCUCUAGUUGAAAGAAUGCACCAUCAUACAAUUUUUCUCCAGAUUAGUUUCACCUCUAAAAAUAGUUUACAGCCCUUAUAAAAAAAAAAAUGCAACAUGAUGCCAUGUGGGAGGUAGCCGCAUUUUUUUCAGUUUAGUCCUGAACCAGUCUGGGCUGGUACUGAAUAACAAGGGAGAAAAAGAGAGGAUGGAGGAGAGGGUGCCGGAGUGUGGCCAAACUUCUGACAACUUGGAAACUGCUAAAAGCCAACAGAGAUGCUCUUACGUGCUGAAUUAGUGAGGUCUAAAGAGUGAGCAGAUAGGGGGGGGGGGCAGGCUGUAUGUUUUUAUUCUUCUUUUCUAUCCUGUGUUUGAAGGAAUGCAAAGAUUGUUUAUGUACCGACAGUCUUUAUCUUGAUCCAAUUCACUCACUUUCUCUCGUUUCCACUUUGCUCUCCUCUGUUAUCUCCUUGUCCUCAAGUUCACCUUGUUGUUAUAUUUUCAAUACAACUAUUGUUUUUUAAAUAGACAUGAUAUAGGGCCUUGCAUUUGCUUCCAAAACAUGACUCACAAUGCGAGUCAGGUUUCUGGGAAGAAAACAAAAGUCCUUGUCUGCUUUGGAACUGGAUGUUCUGUGUUUACAUCUCAACAGUGCAAUUACCUUCACUGGGGGAAGCCAUCUCCACUGUCAUAAUGAUAGACGAGACGUAGCUUCACUUCUGGUGCAACAGCACUGGCCUGACCAUAAUGAGACAGCGGGGCUAUACUUAGGCAUGUUUGGCACAAACAGGGCUUUACUACCUCGCCAUGAGUAUGGCGACCGAUGUCAACAAAAGUUGAAGGUUUUGCAAGUUGUUUUGUGCCUCUGAAAAUAGAUUGCUGUGAUUUAAUGUGUUAUCCAGGCUGGUCUUGUGCAACCUGUUGUCCACCUGUUGAAGACUGUUUUUGGUGAAAGUCUGAAUGAAUUAAGAGAGAAGGGGGUGGGAGUGGGGGUGGGGGUUUUCCAGAGAGAAGGCUGGAAGGGGUGAGCCGUAGCAGCAACUUAAUGCUAUUCAUUGGGUGUGAAUAAUGGCCGACAAAGACACUAUCAGCAUGUAUUCCCCUCACUCUUCUCCCCUCCACAGAACCUAUUGAACUGCUGCCAGACCCAACCAGUCCAUUUCUCUGCCUGAGAGCCAUCUUCAUGUCUCCUCUGAGCUGAGUUAUGGCUGACUCUCUGCUCUUUGAACAAAUUUACACCUCCUAUCACUUGUUGAGAUAUUAACUCUAAGGUCGGUGUUGACUGAAAGCAGUCAGAUAGCAAUGUGGUGUGCAGAGCAUAGUGCAUUUUCAGCCUAAAGUGGAAAAGUCGAACAAAACGUUUCCACGUUUCCAGGAUUUCCACUGAAAGCACAGGUUUUAGGCCCCGUUUUUGUUUUCUUUAGCUCCUUUGCUCAAAGCAGAGGGAGUGUUGGAUGAGGAAGAGAAAAGGGGGGUGCAAGAAUGCUUGAGUCACGAAGAAAAAGAGGGAUGAUAUGUGGGGUUUGACAGGGGAGGGUGGGAUGAGGGAGGCGCAGCAAUGGGAGGUGCCCUGAGGAAUGCCUGGAAGGUGUCAGAGAAGUCCGGGAGGCUUUGGACUGAUAAUCCUCCACAGCGCAUCACAAUACCCCCACCCACCGCUCCGAUUUCAGCUCUGUUCUCUUCCUAUCUUAAGACCCUUAGACCAAUAAGUAGGACUCGCCUCAUGUCAACCUUUACUUAAGCAGGCCUUACAAAAAAUAGCCCUUAAAUGAACCUGGAUCGAGUCUGACGAUGGACAAGCACAUGAUCCACUGAAGGGUAUUAGCCUGUCAGAAGUCAUAAAGUGUACUUACUUCUCCGGUGCUUUUAAAAUGUCACUCCUCCUCAGCACCUCAGCCUUUUCUCACUGUGGCCUUUAGUACCUAAGCACUGCCUCCGGAGGUUCCCUCCCCACUGAGACAAUUUUAAGUGAUUUGUCAGACAAACACAGCUUUUAGAUGUGCCAAAAGCUUUGCUUCAUGGUCAGAACAGUGAGGCAGUACACAGAGAUGUGCCGUGACUCUCUGUGGGCCUCUGUGACUCAGCCCCGCUAAAAGCUACGGCAUUCUUGGCUGUGGUCUUUUGUUUGCAUGAUUCAAUUCAUCGAAUUAACACAAUUAGUGCAAGACGUUUAUUUUCGGGGCAUCUGUUUUAUACAAUGUGCACACUGGUUAUUAGGUCUUGUGACUGCGUGCUCUCAUUAGUUUGUUUGGACAGCAAUAUGACGCAGGAUAAAGGCAAAGUAAACAUAGAAUGAAGGCGGUACUGGCGAUAGUCUGCCGCAGCUGACUGAGUCAUACAAACUUUGUUUUAUUGCUACAAUGGCUUUGUGUUGUAGGAAGUAAAAAGUUCCCUUUUCAAUAAAAUAUUCAUUGAUGUUGCUGUCAAAAGUAGAUUCAGACGGCUUUAAGUCUAAUCCUCCCUUGUGUCUGACUAUUUUAGAAAUAUUUUCAAAUGCCCUUUUGAACUUUUUGCAACAGAGUUAUAAAACAAUUGAUGAUUUGUGUCAGUUUUGUCUCUUGUCCUUGAAAAAUGCAAGAGAUUUUAGCAAGCCAGUAAAAGCUGCAUUUCCAGUGUGUGUAACUUUGGGUUGGAUAUAAACCCAGUUGACCAAACUGAUGUAUCAGCUGAUGUUAUUUGUCACAGAUGUCUCAGCAUUGGCAUAAACUUUGACUGAGAAGUAAUACCGAUACAGAUAAAGCAAUACUGGAAUGCCUGGGAUGGAGUUUAGACAUGAUUUCACUGUUUGUGCACCAAUUACUGCGUAUUUUUCAGCUGUAAAAUUUCUUGCUCAGAACAUAUCUGGGUCAUCAGGUUCUUCGUAAAUUAGGGCAAACUUUUCAAAACCAUGCCUGAUGCUAAGUGAUUAUGUAAGAAAAUAAAAACCUGAGGAAAUAUUGUCACUACAUUUUAAAACUCUGAAAUACUGACUCUGUAUUAUCUUAAAUAAUGAAGUGUUAGAGAGGAUGAUAGGUGCAGGUGCUUUAAUAAACACAUCUGUGCAUUAUUAACUGCUCUGUCAUGGUUUAUUUUACACACAAGCUUGUUUGAUUCACUUCCUGACGGCCCGGAAGAUGCACUGUAAUUGUGCGGUUAUAGCUGCCGACAGACAUUUGUGUUAAAGAAGACCUAUUAUACUCAUUUCCAGAUUUCAUCUCAUCAGUCUCGGAUACCUAUAGAUAGGGCUGCACGAUUUUGACCACAAAUAUUUUGAAACCAAUGAAAACUAUGUAGUGCAUAUGCCAAGCCAGUAAGUGGCACUGUAACAGUAGCUGCGUUUCCAUUACAUUUUUUCGCAAAUUAAAAGCGAUGUUUAUCAAAUUUCGACAAAGUACAAUUGCGAUUUGCGGGUGUUUCCAUUGAAUGGUGUUCAGUGCAUAAGCGAGCCGUUUGCCUCUCGCGAGCCAUGUUUGAAUGGCCAUUGCCCAGCAACGAGGUAAACUUCCUUCUCUUGCGACCUUGUAUUCCUUAAGCCUUUUUGCACACCAACAUGGAGGAGAUACAAAACAUUUUACAUUUUGGAGCAGCUAUUUCUGUGACCAUUACUGCUGUUGCCGCUGCUGUCAUUAGAAGACGAAGGCAGCGGGUGAUAAUUCAAAGGCAAAGCCCGUAUGUAUGGGAGUGGACACAGAUGAGGGAUUUCUGGGAGAGGAUCAUUUAUGAGGAAUUCACAGAAGAAUUGUGGAUUCAAAACCUUAGGAUGACCCGGAAUACGUUCAAUGAACUGUGAUGCUAUUGAGCCUCUUGUGGCACCCGCCAUGUCAAGCCCCCGGGAGGCAGUUCCCACUCGGAAGCAUGAUCACAUGACCCGCUACGUCACGUCCGGUGACGUAGAAUUGCGAGAAUAGUGUUUCCAUUACACUUUUGCGAUAAACUUCUAUAUUGACACGUCUAAAAAAAACACCUCAUGAGAGCUUAAAAACUUUUUAGCGAUAUUUGAGAGGUUUUUUGAAAUUUUGGUGUUUCCAUUACCAGUUUUCUAUUGCAAUAUUUAGGUUUUGCGCAAAUCUAUGGGUAAUGGAAACGCAGCUAGUGCUGAGGAAAUGCACAGAAGACAGAAGUACAGACCAUGUAUAUUAAGGUUAUUUUGGCCGGACAUGUACAGGCGCCAUAAAAGAGUUACGCUGUGUGUAACAUAAUCCUUUUGAGAGAUGCAGAUACGCAUCCACAUGGAGAUGAAAUGGUAUUCGUUUAUGGACCCAUUUUCAAAAAGUACAGUUUACAAUCACCCGAAAUGCCAUUUCCGUGUGGAUGAAACGCCAAUGCAACAAAAAACUUUUGCGUUUACUCCUCAAUUUUUUAUCCAUGUGGACGUGUUGUUACUGUCUUUAGACAGACUUUGCAGCGAGAAGUGGUUUGCUCUUUAUCCUGAACUGUGAAGCCCAACCAAUUCCAUACAACUGACUUUGUCUUAUUUAGCCACAAAGUUAUCGCCUUCUUAUGCAAAUGCCAUGUGUGUUUACACUGGUGUUUGUGGGAGCUGGGGAGCGCUCUCACAGGAAGAAGGAGCCUACGGUGGCCUGGAGGCGCAAGACAUGAUAGAGCGGAAAAUCGAUUUGACGAUUUUAACUUUGUCGUAAUCAAAUAAGCUGAUUACAAUUUAAAAUUGAUUAAUCGUGCAGCCCUUCUGAUAGAAUAGCUUUGCAUGAUUUGCAGCUCCAAAAUCUCCUUAUUGAUCUUUUUAAUGGCACCUGGGAAACCCUUGUUCCAGCACUAUUCCGCCUGUGCCACAAACAAUCCAUUGUGGCCUCUUCUCCCAUAACAUCAAGUGAGACACAGCUUGUGGUAGUUACUUUACUUUUCACACAUCUUUGAAGUCAUGACACCAUAGCUGUAAGCUUCCAAUUAGAUCUAUUAGCUGCUGUUACAAUAUCUGCACUCCCAACAAUUUGUGGUUUUGUGCCAUCAUAGAAGGUCUUAAUAGACAGAACUCCCUCAGGGUUCAGUAAUAAUUGAGAUGUUAACCCAGUCUUUGUUUACAGAGGAGUCAUUAAAAAAGUCCCCCCAAAAAAUCAAAACUUCCCUCUGUUUUCUGGUGUCUUGGUCUUUGGUAAGAGGAAGCAGCGGUGACUGUUCUUCGCUACCAGAAGCGACUUGCCGAGACAUGCUCAAUCAACUAAGUGUAGAAAGGAGGGAAAAGACGAGGAAGGAGCCUGACAUCAGGUUGUAACCACAUCUCAAAAAUAAGCUGUUCAUAAUCUGGGGAUUAUACCACCAGGUGCAGCAUGGACACCCAACAGUGUGACAUCAUACUUAAUGUAUGAAUUAAAAUAAAGAUCAGCACAAUAGGUCUUCUUGCACGUUUAUAUGUGCAGUUUAACCAUUAUCACCUAUAAUGGUCUUUAGGCCACAUUUUUCUUGAUUUAUUGACAUAUUCUCAGCGUGGAUCUUCUCUACCAGUAGCUUGGUUUCACACUCGAGAUAAGAGGAAAAAGUCAAAAGCUCUGUUUGUGAUUCAAAUGUGAGUUUGUAGAGAUAAGAUGGAAAAAAAGAGGAGGUAUAAGUAAAAUAAGAGGGGUCACACACACAUACCUUCCCUUUGCAUUAGUGUGUGAAGAAAGUAACACAUUUCAGGACCCUAACAGUGUUUCUUUACUGAUACCCGAUCAGGCUUUUGUUUGGGACAUGUCUCACUCUCUGCAACAGAGUGGUCAGAUUUAGAUAGUGUUAUUCGGUCAUUUUCCCACAGGGCGUUGUCCAACUUAAACACAGACACACAUGCUGUCUCUCUGAUUGCACCUGGUCUGCUGGACUAUGACCUCAUUCCAGGAAAAGGAAGAGAAAAUCACCUGACAGACUCAUUUGGGUAACCAGCUGUACAUGUGACCUGAGGCCAGGGGGUGGAUGUCUAAUGCCUCAGGUUAUAGAUCGUACAAACACAAGAGCCUCAUAUGGAAAUUCAUAUACAGAGAGUUUCAAGUGUAUCUGCUCUUAUCUCUGAGUUUCAAUACAAGCAGUCCUUUGUGUGUGAGGAGAUCGUAGAAUACAAAAGGAGUAACAGCGAAAACUGAUACGAAGAGAGGGUGACAAAGCUGAAAAGACACGUUAUCAACUACCUGAAAAGGAGGAGGUACCUGAUCUGUCAGCACAGCGAGGACGGGUGGAGAGAAAGAGAGAGAGAGAAAGACAGAGUGAGAGCGAGGAGUGACUGAGAGGGUGUGUUUCUGUGUGGGUGAGAGACAGAGAGAGAAGGAGGAGGGGUUGAGACAAGCAGAGAGAGAGAGAGAGAGGACUCCAGCAGUCUCAGAUCUUGGCUUUGGAGAGGACACCCAGAAGAAGUGCAUUCCUGAGGCAGCAAGCGAGAAGAGCACAGCGAAAUAGAGCGGAGACGUCACGACAUCCUCUAAAUUUCUCCGCUGACCACGUCCGACUGCCUCUGACCUCUGCUGGACCCGCACGCUCCUUACACACUCUCUCUCACUUUCUCAUUUGCUGCCUCUCGAGCACACCAGCCGCACAACCGGCUCUGCUGCUCUGACAAAAGUGAAGGAUUUCCCCCCCUAAGUGUGGAGAGGAGACCGAGAGAAUUAAAACCACUGAAGAAAAGGAUAAAUCCUCUCUCUGGGUGAGUGUAAGAGCGUCUUUCAGGGAUUGUUUGAAUGUGUCCUUGCCGGGUUGAAUGACAGUGUGGGGAAGUUUCUGUGAAGUGCUGUGUUACAGCAUGCACAUGAAGACAGCUAUUGGACUUUAAUCAGUAAGUGUGAACUUGGGUGUGUUUAUUCUCGUCUGUGGCAGAGAAGCAAUUUUAUGUUUUGUCUUUGGGGAGCUGAGCUGAGUCUUCACAUGUACCUGUUGACACAAGACCCGCCACCCAAGUAUCCUCCUGUAUGGAACAAAAGGACCCAAACCUGUUUGGGUGAAACUUCACUCCAGGUUCUUUCUCUUUCUUUUUGCAUUUUCUAAAAUGUGAGUAAAGUAUCUCUGGUGUUAGCUAAUGAACUUGUGCCUCUUUGUGUGUUUGUGUAUUUUAGUAGAUACUUUGUUGAGAGAUUGAGGAAAGUGCAGACUAUAUCUCUCACACACGGACUGCUCCUUUUACCCCAGUAGAUUAAUUCAUGGAGAGCGUGGACAGAGUUCAGCUCACUCUGCAUGUUUCUACAGCGUUUAACUGUUAAAAUGCCAACACUGUGUGAGCACACUGCAGCAAACCACUUUUAAGCCCAUUUAAACAUUGACUCAUCAUUAUGCUCGGAUUGCAUCUUAUUUAACAUUUCCCAGCAUGGCUUGUGUCAGAUAGUGGGACUUGGAGCUCAUUAGCAGGCUGAAUUUGUUAUCCAAUCAGGUCCAUCGAUUGGGAACCCCUCCAACCCGUCACCCCCUGGGAGCUGAUUAUUUUUUUCUCCUGACAGACUGUGGGAGUUGCACAGUAAGACCUCAAGCAUUAUCUCUGUUUAGUGUUUACAUGUGCCACAGUGUGAACUUGGUUUCACAGAGAUAAUACACCAGAUGGUCGUAGGUGGGAGAACAAAUUUGACUCCAGCAUAAAUAAUGAUUCAACAUGGCUGUCAUAGCUCCUGUUUUUGAAUAUAAUGUCACCUGUUUUUGACUGUCACAUGUUUAUCUGCACUAGGUAAUGCUUGUUGAAGCACAUUUGCAUAUAUUGACAUUUGCCCAUUUAUCUGUUUAGAGCGUGACUGUAAUAAUUGGGUGUUGGGCUCUGUAUAAUUUUGUCCAUGUAUUUUGCUUUAAUUGUUCAAAGUUAAAAUUUGUACUGUAGAUAUGCUCAGCUGUAAAAACCAGGAAAUUUUUCUACCAAAAGCGUGCAUCUUAUGAUUUUAGACUAAUAGGACAGGAUCCCCCUUAUUUCAUGUUGUGUUUAUGUUAUUAACGGCUGCUUUGUAAAAAACACUUGUAGCUGGACACUUGUCAGUCUUUCUUUUUUUUUUGGGCCAUGCAGUGUUGAUAUUCAGAUAACCACCCACGUAGGAUUGUAUCACCUAAGGCAGCGGUUCUCAAUCCAGUCCUCGAGCCCCACUGUCCUGCAUGUUUUGGAUGUUUCCCUGCUCCAACACACCUGAUUCAAAUGAUCAGCUCGUUAUUACAGAGCUUAAUAACGAGCUGAUCAUUUGAAUCAGGUGUGUUGGAGCAGGGAAACAUCCAAAACAUGCAGGACAGUGGGGCUCGAGGACUGGACUUGAGAACCACUGACCUAAGGGUACUAAAACUGUUUUCCUGCUUUGUUUAAUUUGACUUUUGUUUGUUCAGUGUCAUCUUUAUCAAAGUCAAAAUGUGUCCAGAUAACAAAUGCAGCCCUUUUCUUUGUCACAAGUUGCUUCAUUGGCUCAGGGUUUAAGCUCUCCGCUGUGUUGCUGCUAUGACGUGGAUUGGAUGAGGCAGAUUCAUUUGAUUAUAAAUGUUGUAGCGUGUUUUUAAGGGGUUAACACAUGAAUGCACAAUGUGGAAAGUAGUAACAGAAUUUUUAAAAAAGGUGUUUUUGGUAAAAAUGGUUGUGAUUUACAAGAUUAUAUCUGGAAGAGGUUCUGAGUGUCAGUUUUAAUUAGUUUAGGUUGAAUUGCCCAGCCUUAGAGAUGGCUUAUUUAACCCAAACAUACAACCCUCUAGGGAUGGGCGAUAUGGGCUAAAACAUUUAUCACGAUAAGAUUUGCCAUUCUGGCGAUAACGAUAAAAGUCCAGAUAAAAAAUAUUAUAAUUCCGAUCUAUGUUUUUGACGCAUUCUGUCUUGUGAACACAUCAAAUAAGAUACUUAACCACAAGUUUGAGUGGUAGGUUAUGGAGAAAACUAAUGACAUCAGACAAGUCUCAAAUGUGAAAACAUUUUCAACAUUUAUUGAAAACUCUUAUCGCACAGUGAACAGCAGCAGCAGAUCCAUUGUCCAAUGUCAGGCAUACCUGAUUGCUCUCAUCUGAGCCCCAAUCUUGAAGAAAUCCCUCAUGUGGAGCCUCAGUCAGUAACAGCUGCUGUUCAGAAACGUCUUCUUCAUUAUGUUAAGCCAUGUUUGUUUGUUAUUCUGCUCUAUGUGGGCUAUGGCUGCGAGUUCAUCGUUCGUGCUUAUACGUCAUCAACUUGCAUUUAUCAUGUUAAUCAUGAGAUGGCAAUGUUUAUCAUGGAGGAUUUUUCUGACCAUUUAUCAUGAGCGAUAAUGUAUUGUCCAUCCCUACAACCUACCCCCCCGAAAUUGGCAUUUUUUAUGAUUUGAUAAUGUGUUUGGUUUAAGAUAAAUGAAAGUGAGUAUGAGUAGACAAGUAACCAGUUAGCUGCAAGUCGUUUUAUUUCUGAUGCAUUAGUGGAAACCUAAGAAUGGAUGCACUGUUAAUUAUUUUGUGGCAAAAGUUCAAGUUGGAAUUAAUGACUGGAUACAACCUUUGAAGGCACUGAAAUUAAUCCUUCAGGUUUCUUAAAGUAUAAUUAGUUGAUUAAAAAUGGAGACCAUUCUCUGGUUUCUAGCGACUAAAAGCAGUGUCUUGUUGUGUCCAGCUUUAUAACACUUCUGAAAGUGAGGUAUAGAUACUGGCUCUGAAAACCAGGAUCUCAUUGUGACCCUUAGUUGUGUUAAAUGUAAUUUUUUAUCACCUGAAAAGAAGUGAAAGGUUGGCCAUGCUAAGUUCAGGUGCUUAAAGGACAGAGAUGAUGGUAUAGCUCAAUGUCCUCAGUUUUCACACUGAUAAGGUAACUAGCAGUCUGAACACAUCACAUUACAAGCCUCGAAACUUUCUUCCCUGCUUGUUCAGUUAGCACCUGUCUUCUCCCUCCUUGUCUUUGUAUCUCCUUGCCUGCCUUGAUAGUUCCUUUUUUUUUCUAUCACUUGAAUGAGUCCGUUCAGCACAAAGAGAGUCGAGCCUCCUCUGAGAGUCAUCCUGCCUUGUUCUGUGCAAUGUUAUUUUUACAGCUCUAUCACUGCAUGAAUACACAGAUGGACUCCUCUCUUCUUCUUGAGUUAUCUGUCUGUCUUUCUCUGUUUCUGUCUGUCUGUCUUGUGUCAGUCUGUCACUCAGCUGGCAUGGCAUGAUAACCAAGUCCACCCCUACACCCGAGAUAUCUCCUGGGACUCUUGAUGGAAAUAUUCAAAGUCCCUCCUCAUGCUGUGAAGUGACUUAAUUUCCCACCAUCCUUAUCAGGUCUGUUUCUCAACUCCUGCAGAUGCACUCAGGGCCAGAAGUAAUUGGAAACGCCAUGGCAGCAUGUUGGCGGAGUGAAAUGUUUGCAUGUUUUAAGUUGUGAUUAUUUUUGGGACGGUGUUUUUUUUUUUUCUCCUCCCUCUCUUUGUCUCUCUCUCUCUCUCUCUUUUCCCCUUACAUGUGUUUCUCCAUCUACCUCUCCUCCUGUUCCCUCUUGUUCUUUCCGUGCGUCCUUCCUCCCUUGCCUGUGCAAUGUGACGGAAGGUAGUGCUGCGCUCUGCUCAUGUCGGAUCCAUUAGGGAUGAAAGCACACUGCAGUGAUAAAAGAUUGAUCCAGUCCUUCCUCGCAACGCAUUCACAUCCCUCACACACUCCAGCUCCCUAAACCUGCCUUCACACACCCCUGUUUCCAAUCCAAAGUCAACCCACUUUUCAAUUUAUUAAACCGUCUGCACUCAUCUAAAUAAAUCAUCUUCUCCAAGUUUACGAUGGCAAACUUUUCCCUUCAGAUUUUUCUUCCUGCGCAGGAUGUCUUACUCAGCUCAGUGAUGCAAUGAGAACAUCUCCCUUCCUCAUUGCAAAGUAUUCUUUAUAGUACCUCGACUCAACCUCCUUGACUAACAUGAGGACUAACAUGUACCUAGGUAGUAGAACCAGUGAGGGACUGGAAUGGAGCCCGGUGUAUCCAGGCCUGUGUGUCACCUGUUGUAUCCAUGGAGGCAAAGAUAAACACAACAGGACCUGUAGUUUGUCAGCUGGGAGACUAUAAUUACUGAGAGGAAGGAGGGAAUGUGGAGAAGGAAUUUCACUGCGUUUCUGCUUUUAGACCUUAAAACAUGAACCUUUCUGAAACACCUGUGUGCUAAUGUGUUUAAUAGCUGCAAAAAGCCUUGGUGCAAACGAAGUCUUUACAUCCCAUGUGGAGGUUUGAGAAAAACAGCCUUGAGGGAAUUUUUUUCAUGACAACUCCAAGAGCUUACAACCUCAUACAGGAAUGUAUUUGGUCACAAACCAGCUUUUCAAUCCUUUGUCUCAAUCUGUCUUAUUUUAUCAAACAAACACAGGUCAGAUGCUAAAGACAUCCACUCCCUGAAUGUCUCACAGAGCCACCUAAGGACGUGUUCCCAACUGAGUCCAGCUGACUGUGAAGAUCACCUGGGUGAAAGCUGUCAUGUCCUGUCAGACUAAACUCCCCGCAGCCUUCAUGGCUGUUUGCUCUGUCACAUCAUCAAACUUAGAGCUUCGCAUUCACUGCCCUGUUGUUGUACUGGUUUGAAACUACUGGCAGGUUAUAGUUGCUGGAGUUACGAACGUCUCAGCCUGUUUGUCUCUCAGUUCUACUGUGUAGAAUGAUUGUGCCACGGUAAACAUCUCUGCUAGAGCCCCCCUGGGAUGGUCAUGUGACCGUGUGAGUGUUUUUGUGUGCAUCUCUGUAUGUGUGUGUAUGAGAGAGAGGUUGAGCAGCAGGUUCCUCCCUUGUUCAACCAGCCAUGCAGUGUUGACUCCCUGCGCACAGAGCUCCCUGGGCAGUAAAUAACGUGGUGCCUCAGCCAAGGGCCCCGGACAGGGCCAGGAGGGGGGUCAAGACGCCAGCAAGAAAGAGAAAAUGUCUGCCUCAGGCCGUGGCGAUACUAAAUCAACAGCCAGGAGAGGGGAGAGGCAGGUGGAUGUGACAGACUCGUCCCUCACGCUGAGAGGUUGGACGUUGGAGCUGUCAUGGGAUGUAGAUGUGUUUGAUCAAGCACGUUAUGAGCAGAACAAGCAAAUGUUCAUGGGUUAAAGGCAGCAACUGUAAAAUGCACUUCAGGGGCAGAAGUGCUCUCAUACAGCAAGGAAAACCCCAUUUUAUUUCAACAAAUAUAUUAUUAUAAUCUUUUUUAAAGUUUCAAAUGAUUCAUUUUUCUCCUCUCUGUCAUGUAUACUACUGAAAAAUUAAGCUAUUGGUACACAGAAUAUAUAGUGAUUCAAACGUGUAAAUAAUGGGUGGAGUGGCUUUUAGAGAGACAGAAAAGCACCUAAAAAAAGGUCUUCAUAACCCAAGAUCAACAAAAUUGGUAAGCCUGACUCAAAAGUUCUUACUUACAAACAAAGACUUAAGUCCUGGCAUUGCAUGUGCAACGUUUGUGUCAGUGUUUGUUCUAGACCACCAUGUUUCACGGCUGCAAAGAGACCAAAACUGAAACUUUUGUCAUCCAUAGAGAUGGGUAGAUAAGCGACAGGCUCAGACUCCAGUUACCUUCCUGUCUACAGUUUAAGGUGCGAGGUUUGACUCAGACUCAGGCCCUGUGCCAAGAUGCAAAGUGUACCGAGUUGCUUGUGUGUCUUGGCAGAGUUCAGCCUGCAUCCUCUUUACUGCUCCAGGUGAAAUGGGGGCAAAGUUAACAAGGUAAUGUGGUGGAUACGCUCUCUAGAGCAGGUCCUCUUUGAAACUGUGGUAUAAUAUCUACAAAAGUGAACAAUCACCAUUGUAAAAGUGGACCGGUUUUACUUUGACAGAUCUCAGACAUGGUGUAUUGUGUCCGUCUGUCUGCUGUCUGAAUAUCCCCCCUUCAACAAACACCCGUCUUUGUGUCGUCUUCUCCAGCCUCCCCUUCAUCACUCCCCUCUCUUCUCUCUCUUUGUUCCUCCUGAGGGGUAGCCGACUUAUCUCUUAUGUGUAAACCCAACAGCAGAAGCGUUGUCAGUAUUAAGCUGUGUGUUUAUGCAUGUGUAUCCAUGCCAAAUAUCACCCUGGUGAUCUGAAGUCAGAGGGGUGAAAGGCAGCUUUGUGGAAGAGGAAGGACAGCUUAGAUAGAUAUACUUUCUAACUCCCAAAGGUGCUACUGGGAUACUGGGAAUCCGCCAUAAAUCUGCACCCUGUUCCUCUGUCUUUUUCCUUACUCAUCUUGACUGUCAACACAUCCUGCCCCUGCUGCUGCUGUGAUGGGAGUGAUCGCUGCUCCUCCUCAAAGUAAUGACAGGGAGAAGGAGUCGUGAGUGACACCUCCCCGUUGAACUAUAAAUCAAGCGUAUUUAAAGGCCCACCCUAAACCUUGUGAUCCACAUGCAACACUAACAAACUGUUGCCUCCCUUUUGGUGUGUUUCAAAUGAGUGUAGUAAAGGCCUUUAAAGGUUAAAGGGUUUUUAACCUUUAGAGCUUUUCAGGUACCAACAAAGAUAUGAAUAGGGCUGGACGAUCAUGGCAAAAAUAAUAAUCACGAUUAUUUUGACUGACAUUGAAAUCACGAUUAAUAAACACAAUUAUUCAUUGAUUUCAAAACGUAAGUAUUGAACCACCAAAACUUAACUUUAAAUAUAACUUAGAAGAACAGCCAGAAAUAAAUAAGUAACAAGUAAACAAGUAAAAAAUAAUAAUAAUAGUAAGUUCAAAUGAAGCUAGCAAUAAAAACAAUAAAUUAAAAUAAAUACCCAGUCUACAUGCACUCCUGCAAAACUAGCAACAUGCAAAAAACACUAACACAGCCAAAAAACGAGAUGCUCUGAAGGUUUUGCAAAAACCUUUUUUUAAAAACAAAAAGGAUUGGCUACUAAGUGGUUUACUUCCUCGGCUGUGUGGUCGCCAAUAACUUGCUAAUACUAAUACUCAGCAAGUGUGCUCCGAAAUGCAGUGCCAAUGUGCACACUCACAUUCUAUUACACCCCAGUCAUCAUCAAAACUUGGAUUCAAUUUUGAUUUGUUUCUGGUAUUAGCAAAAAAAAAAAAAAAAACGAAAAAAAAAACCAAAAACGACUUUUUCAACCUCAGAACCCAUCAUCUGUCAUCUAAUGAGCAUUUAUGCAAAUAUUGGAGUUACAGACAAAUUUCUGAAGUUGAAAUAGAUUUAUGAAAGUUUGGCUAAAGUUGAGGUGAGCCUCCUGAUCUCAGAUUAUAGUAUAAGAUCAUCAUGGGUGACUUUGAGAGAUCCCAAGUCUUGGCAUACGACUAAACCCUGUGACUUGUUGUGACAGGGUGUCAGACAUUAGUCUUGUCCAAGUCUUUUCAAAGAGUGUUCAGUCCUCUUGUGUAUGGAAGACAUUAGGCCUUGGGGGUGACAUCCAACUUUUUGGGGGCUUUUUGUAAAACCAGCGUUUUAGUGUGUUGUUGGAGUUGAAAACCAGCGUCUAAAGAGCGGAUUGUUAGCAGCAGCACAUGCAUGUUUUCAUAGAUCAGUUUCAAUCCUCAUCAGAUGAUCACCAUACGAGCAAAGAUUGUGUAAUGGGGGUUUGGAUUCUCCACCCUCUGUUUCCCACUUUGUUAGCAACACAAAAUAACAAAACAAGCGGGAAAAAUUACAUAGACCACAAACAGAUACCAGAUUGCCUCUGAAACCAGACGUUUUCACCAACUAAAAGAUCCUGUAUUUAUAUGCAGGAUCUGUUGAUAGAGAUUAAGCAGACCAUCAUUUGCAUAACUGUAUCCCCUUCUCAGCUCAUCAAACACACCCUACGAGACAAAAAAUUCAGCUCUUGACACUACGCCCGCCACACCUUCAUGCUUUUAUAUCAAACAUACUCUAAAAUAUCUCACUGGUGCCUGUGGGGACAAGCUGCACUCUACCUGACCACCUUUGUGAGUACUCCCUUUGUUCCUCCUUAUACAUGUUCACUUAUAUCCUUCGACUUUCCUUCUUAUAUCUUUCUUUGUCUUCCUGGAGUCCGACUGUUUUUCUAUUUUUGUUAUAACUAGCCUGUUGGUUCAGCUCCAGUGUCUGUUAAUAAUGUUGUCUCACAUAUUUUAAGAGGCUGUUUAUCCAGAAUGUGACUAUAAAACUUUGCCCAAAGGCAAGUCGAGUGAUUUGAAGAGGAAGAGUGUUCAUAGUACAAAGGCUUGAUUAUUAACUAAAGUCAAAACAUUGUUCCUAGUUUGAUGACGUACCGUACAUUCCACAGUGCUUGUCCGUUUGAACCCCCUCAGUGCGGAUGUUAUCGCAGAGCACACAACAGCAUUUUUGUGGGAUGAAUCUCUUGCAUGGAUAGAAAAGACAACAUCUAAUCUGCCAGUAGUCAGAUUUUUUUGAUGGUGCUGCCAUAGGUUACCUGAAGGUCUACAAACACACACUCACACACUCACACGACGUAUAAACUUGCUCAGCUGACUCUCUCUGGCUCCAUGACUGUGUUUACCUGUGUCUUCUCUCCAAGGGCCAUGUAUGUUGGAACUCCCUUGGUAAAUAUUAGAUGGGUGUGAGUGGAGAUGUUUUGCGUUUCAGUGUGACCUUAGCAGUGGUGUAACGACGUAAUCCGAACAACCUGUGGCUUUCUCUCAAAACUUCCUCACAUUUUUUUUCUAGGAAUGUCUUAGCCAGGAACUCAAUGUUAGUUUCAGAGGGGGAAUCUAAUAGAAACCAGGGGCGAGUGGAUCCCAUUAGCCAUAGUUGUAGUUUUUGAUCUGCCCGUGAAAUGUCUGUGACCUCAGUUUGAUGUCUGUGGAGGAGACAGAGUGGAACCCUUCACUUUCAUCUGGGAAAAACAUUCAUUUAGCCGAGGAAUCCCUGUUUUCUAUGUCGGGGGCAUGUGUUUUUCUUGUAAUACCAUCUUUCCAACUCUGGACAAGAAUGUGCACCUGGUACGCCCUUGAUUGAUGGCUGCCUUACCCAAGACUAAGCUUGUGUCGUGUACCUGUGAGCGCAUGACCCUUUACCUGUCCUUGGAUGCCUUUUUCUUUGCAACAAAACAUUGGGUAAAUGUUUCCUUGGGCAUGCUUAUGGCAAUAUUCCCUUAUGCUCGGAUAAGGACUGCAAGUGUAUAUUGCAUCAUGGAUUGCAUGGGAUUAGAGUGUGAUGAAACACCAAGACCUGUCUCACUCACUGAGAAAGUAGCCUUCCUAUAAAACUUCUUCAGCCAAUAGUUUUAACUAUAUAAAUUAAAUUACACACAGUUUCUCGUGUUAAAGUGUACAGCUGGAUGCUUUGUUGCCACCAAUUAAGGCCUUACUUCCGAUUUCUCAAAAAAUAAAAAGUCAAAGAACCUAAAAAAAAAAAAAGAAAAACUGGAGUGAAUAAUUGAUAUGAGCAGGCAAGGAAGCGCCCGUUAAAUUACUAAUGAGAUCUCCAUUCGUGUGACACUGGAGGCCGUGGCACCGCUGACUCCUCAAUGACACAUGCGUGCAGAAAAGCAGGAAGCAAAAGCUGAGAACCGUCUUGCACCUGCAUCUCAAAAUAGCAUGUCCUUCUAAAUUUAAAGCUACUAAUUUUCACUCGUGCACUGCGUAAAUUGCAUCCUUUAAAUGAGUGGGUUCACUUUUACACGUGGAUGUUUCUUUUGCUAAAAUUAAGCAUCAUCAUUAAAGUUGGAGGCAGCUUGUCUGCUACGCGUACUAUAAUAUUUGACCAGGAAGUAACUGACACCGUGCAUUUGUGUACAAUCUAUAUGAAGCUUUUAUGAUGCAUACGUGUGUGUGUUUGUUGUGUGUGAGUUUGGCUGGGAACGGAGCAGUGUCCUUCUUCCCUGGCGAGCAUUGCUGAGUCAGGCCAGGCAGUAUGUAAUUACACGUGGGUGCCUAUCAGCAGUCUUAAACCUUUCUUCCCUGGCUCACCCGACAAUACAAACUCCUGUGCUUGCUGGGCUCAGCCUGCAGCCAAACCACUCAUCCUGAGCUGAGCUCUCAGCAACGACCAGCUCUGCCCGGCUUUACAGUGACUAUGUGCAAUCCUGCAUUAUCAUUCCGGCCACUGGCUGCUGGCUCUGUGGGCGGACCCAUGAGUCAGCGAACAAAUUCCUAGUCUCCAAUGUACUCGCCUCCGCUCCGUUUCCGGGGCUGAACUGAACAAGUGAAUGACAAAACAGGUAUGAGUAAGUCAACCAGUUGGAUGAAUAAUGGAGCGUUGUUUAAUUGUGGCCAGCCCUGUGUAAACUCCUGUGAGCACAGGAGUGUCAUUACCGUCUCACAGAUAUUCAGGAGUGUGUCAGAGUUCUUCAGAUUCCAAAGUAGAAUAACAAAAACAUGACCCACUUUUGGAGCAUUUUUAGAAUUGAAAUGAAAUAAAUAUUAUCUCUUUCACACUUCCUCCUAUUUUCUUCUCCCUAGUGGUUCAGGCAAAGGUUACCAUCUGUGAGUGUGAGAGCUGCUGGUGAUUCAUGAUGACUGGGAUUUCACACUUAGUGCUGUUUUACACUGUGUGACUGUAACGGUAGUGACGGCCACAGGUGAAAGGCAGGCUGUGAAGGACCAAGUCCAGAUCUGCUUCAGAUCCACUGAACUAACCCACGUGAACCUUUGAACCUUCCUCAGUCAUGUAAGACAUGCACACUGAUUACUCCGCUGGUAUGUUGAGCGAAUGCACAUGGGGUGUAAAUGAGUCUAUUUGUCCAGUUGAUGUGCGGUUUGUGCUUGCAAUCUUUUAUUAGCAGGUCUGCAUUCUCACAUAUGAGGUAUCAAUGCUUAUAUUUGCCCUUCACUUAGAGGCAAAGGUGUCCCCUGUAUUAAUGAACUGCUGAUCCCCUCUCAUUGGUAUUUCACACUUGGACGAGCCAAUCAUUAUAACCGAGGAAGGCUGCAGCGUCAGAUCCCUCUAUGCCAGUAUGACGACUAAAGCUUAUUAGUGCUGUUUCUGAUUCCUCCGUGCUGAGUCAUUAGCAUGUCAAUAGAGGAGAAACACAGGCGGACAGGGACAUUUUCAAAGAGUUGGUCGGUCACAAGCAUUUGGAUUUUGUUCUGAGAAAGAAAAAAAAAAAAAGCCAAAUUAAUGUGCUGUGAAAAAUGCAUUAUUCAUCAGGUGUGUUGAAGCUUCAGUGAAGCAGCGUUAGUGGGGAACCAGGCAACCGUUCAGUCUAAUUAACAAGCGAUGUGUCUGAAGAGCCUGCAGCGGCCUGGCCCUCUGCUUUGAGGGGGAAGGAGCAGCACAGUCACUGUCAGAGUAAAAUAAACACUUUAUGACAUAUGUAUGCACUAAUGCCCGCAUAAAAAACUCAAUUCCAUCUUUGCGGCGCAAACAAAAACACACAUAACCCAGUUUUCUUUGUAAAAGUAGAGCUUCAAAAGUUUUGCAUGCACUACAAAGUGAAUAGGCUGCUGUUUGAUGUUUAGUUAACACCUCCCAGACACACUAAACCAUCCAGCAGCAACUCUAUUAUUGUCCUACAUUUUACUGCCUUGUCACAUACUUUAAAAGCAAAAGCUCUUCUGCCUGAGUUUACUCUGCAAAGUUAUUUUGUUUAAAUGUCAUCCAGUACAAGCUCUCAGAUCUUGGUUUACUUUUCUUCAUGUGCCAAGUGGACCUCUCCCUGCUCUCCGACCACAGUCCCAGAAUCUAUGCUGAUAAUAGCUUUUACAUAAAAGUUGUGGUGGAGAAGGAGCUGCCGAUAGCUCUUGCAAAAUUUAAAAAAGUAUCUCUUACUUCAUCACAGAUCUGGACAAGGAUCUGUCAGAGAUAUAAUCAAGAACAGAUCAUUAAAUGUCUUCUCUUUUUUUAUUGAUGACUAAAUGGUGAUUAGCACAGAUGAAUCCUUGAAGCAGCUCUAACUCCUGGAAAGAGUUCUUUCUGAUUGUGUAAAAUUAGGUGUUUGAGUAAAAAUAUACUGUUGGACAAAAAGUUAUGAAAGAACCCUGAACAAGUGGUCAGAACAACUGCAAGAACAUGGGAAAGGAUCAUAAAUGUAACAGAGCAAUACUUCUAAGAAAGACUUGGUGAUAAAGGCCAACGGGGCCUACAUAGGGCUAUAUGAUUUCAUUGAUUUUAAAUCAUAAUCAGAUCAUUUGAUUAUGAUGAUGUUAAAAAAAAAAUAUUCAAAUCGUCAAAUCGAUUUUCCUCUCUAUCAUGUCUCUUGCCUCCAGGCCACCACAGACUCCCCCUUCCUGCAAGAGUGCUUCCCAGUUCCCACACACACCAGUGUAAACAAACAGGGCUAUGCAAAAGAAGGUGAUAAUUUCAUGGCUAAAUAGGGCAAGAGCAAAUUAGUCAUGUGGAAGUGGUAUGGCUUAGCAGUUUUGGAUGAAGAGCAAAAUACUCCCCACUGCAAAGUUUGUCUGAAGGCGGGAUCAACCCGAGUAGGAGUAAAUGCAAAAGUUUUUUGUCACAUUGGCGUUUCGUCCACACGGUAACAACGUUUUGGGUGAUUGUAAAUGGUACUUUUUGAAAAUAGGCCAGAGAGUGCAUAACUCCAUAAGUGACUACCAUUUCAUCUCCAAUUGGAUGCCUAUCUGCAUCUCCUGAAAUGAUUAUGUGACAUACAGCGUGACUCUUUUAUGGCGGCGGCGUGUGUCCAAUACUCUUCUUCUGUCUUUUGUGCAUUUCCUCAGCAGCGUUAAAAUUAUGUAGUGCAUAUGGCUUGGCAUAUGGACUACAUAAUUUUUAGUGGUUUGGUUUUGAGAGAUGAUAGAAAAACUUAUUUUUAAAAUAAAGUUCAGUGAAGUUGUCACUGAAUAAAAAACUGAAAUCGAAAAUUGAGUUUUCAGAGAAAAAAAUUUGGAUUUUUUUUUUGGGCCAAAAUUGUGCAGCCUUAGGCCUACAAUAGACAGCGUGAACUUGGUUUCAAAUUCCCCAGAUCUCAGUCCUGUAGAGCAUCCACGGAUCAAAUUUGCUGGACAGCACCAGAUGUGUUGGACAACCGAGUCAGAUCCAUGGAGAUUCCACCUCACAAGUUCAGGACUUAAUGGAUUUGCUGGUAUCGUCUUGGUGCCAGCAUACUCUCAGAGGUCCAGUGGUGUCCAUGUCUUGUCAGGUCAGGGCUGAUUUGGCUCUGACCCCACAAGAGCGGGGCUACGCAAUACUUAGCAGGUGGUCAUUAUAUAAUGGCUGAUCAGUUUAUUUGUAUGUGUUUAUUUGAUAACACAUACAAAGCUUGUUAACGGUGUGAUUUCAGUCUUUUUGAAGGACUUGUGAAAGCAGACAUAAGUGAGACAUUUUUCUUGCUGUACAACAAAGAAGCGACAGAGAAUACCCGUGUGAUUCAUCAAAAGAUUAACAGCAGCUCCACUUUGAGGGGGAAAAUGCUUAUUUUCUACCAUUACGAUGAAUUAUUGUUUGUUCUUAACUGCAGGCCUGUUAAAGACUCUUGUUUGUUUAUGGUCUCAUCGGUCUUUAUGCGCAUAAACUGUGCUGACACUGAUGACGAUGUGGAGAGAAGAGGACUAACAAUGCGAUACAUGAGGCGAGGGAGGACAAGAGAAAAUGUCUGCUUUCCCUUUUAUUAGCUUUAUCAGUGGUAACAUGUGGAUACAGCAGAACGGCACUAAAAAGCUGGCGAGCCGACCCGGCGAUGCCAGGGGCCACAAAAGAGGCAACACUGUCUGCAGAGUGUGUAACUAGAACAACAAUGGUGUCUCUGCUGUACAGAUGAGUCCAUGCUGCUCGGUGCCAGAGCGUUACUGGCUCUUAGAGUGUUUUUGUACGUCUGCCAACCUGGACCGGACUGGCACAGAGGACACAGCCUCUCUGAGCACUGUUCAUUGUCCUCCAACAGCACUGUCUCACGUAUUAUGUAAACUUUGUCCAGCCUGGACCGGGGUUUCAUUUUCUCCGCUAAAUUUGAGAAACUAUUUGUCCACGCUCGUUGUAUUCCUGUGUGUUUAUGUACUUGCCUGUGGUUCAGGUCAGAGGCAGUAUGUCAUGUACUUUGCGCCCUUUACUCCUGCCAUUGUUCCUUGGACUCCUGUUGCUGCAGAGAUAGCACAGUUAUCACUCUGAGCUGAACCCACCUCAAAUAAAGAUAGGCUUGAAUGGCAUGCCUGCCUGCAAACCCACUUACAGAUACAAGCUUUUGCAUGAACACACGCAAAAGCAACCUUUGACCAUUGCAUGAUUUCUCUUGCACACACGCACAUUCUUGUGCGUUACACACCCAGCAAGCAUGCUCUUAAUGUAGCCUCAGGGCUUGGGUGUUGAGACACUACAGUGCGUUUAUUGCCUUCCUUGGAAUUUCACUGAUAAGUUUAAUUCCUCCAAAUGUUCCCCAACACUGCUUAAGACUCGAGGAAAUAAAUAGUUUGAAACUUGGCUGCAAAAAUCUUCAGUGAGAGAGUGUCUUUUGCAAUAUAUGAAUACUUGAGAAGAAGAUAUGUGCUUUUUUGUAUAAUUGUUUGUGCAUGGACUGGAUUUUUUUCUAUCCUCCUUUGUGAAAAAAACACAAAAAUAAGUGGAGAGAAACCUCUGUCCCAUGCCAGCUGGAUCAGGGAUGUCAUGUUUCAUCUUUAAUUUGAGAGGAUUAAGUUAAGUCUGAGAGGUAAUAGGGAGAAAUUUAAUCAGGUUUAGAUGCCUUUUCUGACUUACUUUGACAACCUCACUGCCAUCUCAAACUGGGAUUCUUCCUGACCCGACCUGCCUACAGCCCUACCUUCGUUAAAUGAGUAUACUUAAAUCUGUGUGUGCUUAAAUCGGCACAUUUGGUGAACAGUGUUGAUCUUGAAUAUUGCGUUUUCAUUUUUUUUUUCUUCAUUUUUUUUUCUAUUUAAUUUGUAUUUCUCUUUCUGGACCCUGUUUUUUUUCAAUACUCUGUCUUUCCAUUGUAUGUUCAAGAUAACUUACAGUGUAAUUUAUCUUCAUUAUUAUCCUUAUUAAUAUUACUUUUUAUUUAUUUAUUUUCUUUCUCACUUUAUACUCCUUUUAGUUCAGUGGUUCUCAAGUCCAGUCCUCGAGGCCCCCCUGUCCUGCAUGUUCUGGAUGUUUCCCUGUUCCAACACACCUGAUUCAAAUGAUCAGCUCGUUAUCAAACUCUGUAACGGCUUAAUAACGAGCUGAUCAUUUGAAUCAGGUGUGUUGGAGCAGGGAAACAUCCAAAACAUGCAGGACAGUGGGGGCUCGAGGACUGGACUUGAGAACCACUGUUUUAGAGGAUCCAGGGACAUGGGGUGGUGAGGGAGGGACUCAUGGGAUUUAUUAUCUACAUUUAUUCAACAUGUGAUUUGUUUAUGUUCAAACUGAAAUGCCAAUAAACAGAUAAAAAAGUGGAGAGUGGGUGUCUUCCACAAGAGUCCAAUCAGAGGCAGAUGUUAGAUGUGUUUUUUAAAGCCUUAAAACUAUCAAUAAGUCACAUCUAAACUGGGAAUCCCAUACACGAAAAAAAAUCCAUUCUCAGCCUUACUGUGCUGUCAUUCAUGGACAGCUGUAGUUUUGGUGAGCUUGACCAAAAAAGGCCGUCAGUUGACAGCCCAACACCUUGUCACACAGACGAGCCAGGCCGACUCAUGCUCAGAGUGCUGGGCUGCGCUGCUAACCACUUCUGCCUGCAGCCUAACUCAGUGCGGGCUGUUAUUGAGGAGAGACAGACAGACGCACAGACAGGCUGAUGAAAGACACAGAGGGUUAGCUGGACGGGUGAGUGAUGAUGAGAGAGCAGAGAGGGAAGGGCACAUGGCUCCAAUCAUUGCUCUUUUCUCCACCACUCUAUCUGUCAGACGUCUCUUCCCACAUUUGUUCACUCCCUCUCCCAUUUGCUCUCUGUCUGUCUGUCUUCUUUGCUGUCUCUUUCCCUGCCUUUCGUCAUACUGUAUGACCAGUCUGCUUUCUUUUUAAAAGCCAACAUCCUUAUUUUUCAUUUUUUUGCGAAUGUUUUGGUGUUAGAGCCUUGAGUGGGGGAGUUUUAACGCCUCACUUUGCACUGGCUUUACAUUAUCCUGAUUUCUUCCCCUGAGUGAUCAUGAUAGGCCUAAAUUCUGAGUUUCAGCUGAAACUGAGAUGUUUGUUUGUUUUGUUGGGAGGGGGUUAGGGUGAGAGUGAAACGGGAGUAUUGAGACAUGCUCUUUUUUUAUGGAUGGGUGGGGUCAACCUGAGGUUAGAGGGCGAGGAUCUUGGAUGUGGGUGCCUUUAUGUGGAUGAAAUAACGAGUUUUGGAAAACUUUAGCAGCCUGAUAAGAGUGAGUAUGUGCGUGCAUUGACUCCAAACAAGUGCAAAGCUCUGUGCAGCCUGUGUUUGUCGACCGUAUUUGCAUGUUGACUCACAGUCACCCUCCUUUUUGGAUAACAAAUGUGUUGAUUGACAGCCUGUUUGGCUUUUGGAAUAUUUUGACAUUAUUUCAGCCUCGAUCGUCAAUGUUUUGAGCCUUUGUUGUUGUUGUUGUCAGUCUCCCUCACAGAUGGUAAAGGUGUCUCUUUCCUGCACCUGUUCUUCAGCGAGAAGUGACACAGGACUCAGGAGCUGUGCUGUGAAAAGGAGUGGGGUCAGGCGGAUGUCUGUUUCUCAGUGUUGUUGUGCCUAUGACAAAGAGAGUAGACAGCAACCUGAGACGCACAGGCCUGUUUGUUUCCUGUUAGUGCAGAUUAUCACAUUUCAGCAGCCAGGAGGGACGAGAACUAAGCAUCAUGGGAGAAUGACAUUCUGUGCACAGAGAUGUUUGUGUGUUGGUGUUUACAAAGAUAGUUUUGGUCCAUAUCAGGGCUGUAAUCAAUCAAAGAGAUUUUUGGUCGAGUAAAACCCUGAAGUUUUCGACCAAAAAUCGACUAAUGGGGGGAUUUUUCCGACUCUGACGGCAAACCCUUCUGCGGCGGGGGGCAACGCGGCUUGGCGGGGUGAAACUAUGCUCACAUGGAUGGUAGAGGAGGACUCACAUUAAAGUUGAAACCAUAGACUGUUUAUAGAAUGGAUGCCGUCUGCCUCCUCGCUGGGUGAAGCCACUCCGAGAACAGCACCCUCUGGUGACGGGCUGCAGUAUAGGUCAUAAAUCCCGCCUCCGCUGGCAAAGCUUGUGGAGCUGUGGACAAACUUAAGAAAUUUAUUACACAGAACAUCAAUUUUUUCUCCUUCCUGCUUGCAAUGUUGACAUGUAGUUAUUGUAAGACUGGUUUGUGCUUAAGUCCUCUUUUUUUCUGUACAGCUCCGUUCAUGUUUUCUGUGAUUGACACUUGAUACAGCCUAUGGGCGUACAAGGAUAGGUUAGCUCACCCAGUGGAUAUGCUGUUUGAGCUGAGCAUCAUCAGAGCAACUCUUGGCAACUCUCCCGCCGAAUGCGCACAAUGCUACUGUGCAAUGAUGGUUUCAGGAAAUGGAGAGAAAACGCAGAAUUACCAAGAGCUUUUGGCUUCAAAUCCGUAUACUGGCGGAAGGCAGACCAAGUUGUUCAUAGUAUAUACAGUCUAUGGUUGAAACGCUCAAAAUUUAAAAAAAUUACUCAGCAAACCACCAGACGUUUAUUAACGUGGACAGUCUUCAAUCUUCCUUCCUCCAGCCGGUCUCCAGUGGGUUGGGCAAAAUCCAAAAUGGUGAAAACAAGGAGGGUGUUCUGAGACGGGCUGUUACCUGUGAAACAGGAGUGCUCUGAAAACACCUCCAUUAGCACUUGGUAUGUUCCUCCUGAUGAAACUAACCAUAGACAGUAAAUUAACACAGAAAAAAAAUGGAGUUGACCAACCAGAAUCUUGGUUGACUCAGCACAUAUCGACCAAUAAGUUGACUGGUCGACUAGGACUUUACAGCCCUAGUCCAUAUAUGAAAGACUCUCAAAGGUAUUGUUUGAGAGUUUGUUCACAUGUAAAACAUUACAACCCAAGUCAGACAGGACUUCAUUUUCUUGUACAUACAGACAUGAAUACUUUAACAUGAAUGUCAAGCUUACAAGCUGUGUAACAUUUUCACCUGACAAAGUUUGUUCAGGUCUGUAAGGAAGUAUUCCACUGCACAAAGUUUAAGUCAUAAAAAUAUUUCUUCCUGUUCCUCUCUCUCUCUCUGUGUUUUAAAAAAAGCCUAGAGGAAUGAGGUAAAGUAAAUGAUUAUCUACUGACUUUGUGACUCAACCAGUUAGGCCUAAUUAUGUGUUGCAACACAGCACACUCUGUGCCCUUUUUAAAGAAAAAUAUUGACAUCUCUGGUGUAUUGAAAUUUUACAGCGUUUGAUGUUGACAGCCCUCUCUUUUUAAUAUCAAAAUGACAUCGCCCCCUCACACGGUUCAUAAGAAUUUCUCCCACAUGUGAUCAUCCCUCUCUGUCUCCGGCUUGUUGCUUGUGAUCUUGUUCAAUCUCAGUUUGCGCUGCCAUGUGGAGCCACUCUGUGUGAUGUUGUUGCCACAUCAGAUAGGCUGUUGCACCCCAGCAGAGGUUGUGUUUGGCGUCCAAACAGCAGAGAAGUAAUAGUGGCGUGGGCGAGCCAGGUCAGCAGCGGAGGGGCAGAGGGGGGUAGGACUGGGGGACAGAGGGGUAGGGGAGGCAGGGUGGGGUGAGGGCUUUGUUAAGAAAAGCAGGAAUUCUUCCGGCUGGCAGAUGAAGUCAGUGCAUUCCUCCAAAGCAGCUCCCUAUAGGCAGCUAGUGGAGCAGAGCCAGGCGCUGAAUGAGGGGCAAGAUAAUGGUGGGGCUCAGCUUUAAACACCUCCUAUUGAGAACCGUAGAGACGGAGAGAAAGGGAACACCAUCUGUCUGACUGGGUGAAGAGUUGUCUUUUACCCACCUAGGCUACAAAGUUUCACUCAGUGUGCCAACUUCUAUAGAUAAUCCUGCCUCUCUGCCCUCGGGCAUUUCACUUUUUAUGAGCACUGCGGUAUUUUAUUACCUUGUUUUGAAGCUGAGCUGUAAAAAUACAGCCUGGCAGAGGGAGGCCGGGAUAACGAUAUUCAUUUAGGUUAAACCUGUUGCCCAGACGCGUGUUAGCCUACCUGCUGAUCUACUCUCUGAAGUCUGAUGAGACCCAGUUCUUGUCCUGCUGAGGAGGAUCAAAAUAAGGGACACACACACACGCACACACUAAGACACACAAAUAUGCUUGUUCGACCUCUCCUGCUGUACUCCUGUGUAUUUCUACCUGCACAAACAACCUCUCCCAAAACACAGACACACUUGAGCUGCUCCACUUUCCCCUGUCCGUUCCCCUCGGCGGUAAGCUAUCAUAACGGCUUUGAAGGAGGGCAGCAGAGCGUUUAAUUGGGUUACAGAUUGGCAUUUAUGCUCCCAGGUCCACGAGAUUCUGCCAGGACUCUUAACUAACCAGCAGGAACCUCACUAAAUUUUUACACCGCUCUACCUCUUGGCUUCUGUACUGGAAAUGUACAGUUCAGUCAUGUUCUCGCUCAGCGAAGAACGUCAGCGACGCCUGUCCUGUUUAGUGUAGAAACAGGUAUUUCAUCAACGUGACAAACAUGUUAGGGUGCUGCCUCGUGUAUGACGGCCUCCAGUCUUUUUUGUUUCAGGUAAAAACAAGUUGUGUCAUACGUUAGGAUAGGAUUACAGCAUGAUCCAGAGAAGGCUGUACAAAGUCAGUAUGGUGUCUUUAUUAGUUUGCCCUCACAGCUCUGAAAUGUGUCUGCACUUGAUAACGUCUGUUCACGGGACAGAAAAACAGCACUUCUAGAUUCACCAACACCUCUAACAUGUCUCUGUCUCUUCUUGUCUUUCAGAACCAGUGCCAUGCAGUGUUGAGUGACUCAAGCAAAGCUUUAGUGAUCUGAUUUGAAGACCAACCCUAUCCCUUCAUUCCAUCCUGCGUGGUCCAGAUGGAGCUCAAGGUGUGGGUGGACGGAGUGGUGCGGGUGGUGUGCGGCCUGUCUGAAGAGACAUCCUGCCAGGAUGUGGUCAUAGCUCUGGCUCAGGCCAUCGGUGAGUAGCUCCUUCAUUAUGCGGUGGUGUUUUGAUGCUAAUUCCAAAUCUGUUAUUACUUUUCACAUCGCUUGUUUGCUUGAGGGUUUAUCUAAUGGGGCCUUAAGUGAUUAGAUAACAGCCCUGCCCGCGGAGAGACUCAAAACAAACAGUUCCUGUACUUUCCACGGUCUAAGAAACCAAGAUCUGAACUCACCGUUCAGUUCUCCACUGACCCACAUGAAGAACUGUGCUGGAUUGUCAGAGGGGGUCAGACAGGAUUUAAACCGGCUCUCUGUCCCUAUGUCCUCCAGCUAUAUUCAAGCCAUACACUGCAGCAGUGUUGAACAACAUAAACCCAGAAUUAGCGCUCUCCUCCUUCCAUGAGUGAGCUGCUUGCCAACUCAUUAGGGAGGGUUUGUCCUAAUUUCAAGGUCCUUGUGGAAACUUGAGUUUAUUUGAACAUUUUUUUUAAACACGUCGUGCGAGUCUUACGCAGCAGCCUUUUAUUCCUCUCCUCAGAGAAGGCGGUUUAGAGGUAUCAGCAUCAUGGUAAUGCAUCUGAUGUCAUUUGUUCACUAAGCAUUGCUUGUGUAUCAAAAGCGGGAGGAAUCAGACUACACACCUUAAAUACACUGAAGGUUAAAAAGUGUCCGCUACAAAGAUUUUGAAGCUUCUUUCAUUUGAUAUGUGUGUGUUUUUUGUUUGAAUAUGGUUGGUGUUGUUGUUUUCGUUGCACUCAAGUUCUGUUUCCCUCCAUCCAUCCACAGGUCAGACAGGCCGUUAUGUCCUGAUCCAGCGUCUUAGAGACACAGAGAGGCAGCUGCUGGCCACAGAAAAGCCCUUAGAGUCUCUAGCCAAGCUGGGCCAACACGGCAGCGAGGUUCAGUUCUUCCUGCGACGCACCGGCCCAAGCAGCAGUGACAGCCCCGGUUCAAAAGCAGACAGACCAUCUCCCCUCCCUCUGCCCAAGCACCCUGAGCCAGAGCUUUCCAAACGCAGCCAGCCGAAGAAAGCACUCACCUUCAACCUGGGGCCAUCCACCUCUCCUCGAACCAAAGCCAAACAGUUUAAGAGAUCUCCUCGUGACUCUCCAGAACAAAGAGCAUCCCCCUCUCCUUCCCCUAGUCCUGUUUCUUCUCAUGUGCCAUCCCCGUCUCCCUCCCCACCUAUAGGCCCAUCCAAAGAGGAGGUCUUCAGGAAGGUUCUGCAGCAACAGGAGAGACUGAGGGCGUUUGAGGCCCAGUUAGAAGCCUUAGAGAGGGAGUCCCAUUCCUGGGAGCGCCCCUAUCCAUCUCCAUGUCCUUCACCAGUUUCUGACGCUCGCUUGCAAGAAGAGAUGGACGCUCUGGAGCUGGCACUGCGGAGGAACCAGGCAGAGCUGGCUCAUGAGCAGUACUGGGAGGAGGAGUUUCAGACAGAGGUGGAGAGGGAGCGGGGGAUGAGGAGGAAGCUGGGGGAGCUACACGCACAGCUAGACGACUGCGGGCGGCGGCUUCACGAGUUCUCUGUCCGAUCCGCUCAGCUAGAGCAAGAAAUCCAGAGGGAGAGUCAGGCUGAAGGGAAAGCCAACGGACCAGAAGAGUCCCUCGAUGCGAUGAAGGCAGAGCUCCACAUCCAGGAGCAUCAUGGGACAGAGCUGGAGGAGCAGCUAUCUGAGACUGACAAGGCUCUGGGGAAGGCAGAGUCUCUGCUGCAGGUAAGGAGAGAGGUCACGGUUCUGGAGAAAGGGCUAUGAAUCAUCAUCCAUGGCCCAUAUUUGCUCAUAUGAAGGGUGUAGCACAAACCCCUUUAGCUAGACUGUGAAACUGUAUCCCUCUCCUACCUGCACACUGCAGCAGACAAACACUCAUGCAGAGACACUCAUUACAGAUAAAAAGACGACUUCUUCCUCAAACAAAGUUUUGUUAUGAAGCCAGUUUGAUAUGAAAGUAAUCCUGCGAGACAUGAUGGUACUCCUGCAUAUCCUGCCUUUUAUUAAUUUCCUUUAUUGACUGAAUUUAUGGUCCAGCUGAACCGGUUUGGUAGCUGUCUCUUUGUAUGCAUGUUCUGAUCACGCAGUCUCAAAUGGUGUUUCUGUCACAUUGCCAGUAUCUUCGCACUUUUGUAUUUUGUGUAUAAAAAAAAAAUUAAAGAAGAUUGAUUUGUAGAACAAAAACCCUUUUUAUUGGAUCUCUUAGUCUAAGCUUGUCAUAGUUUAUGGUGUUAUUGUUUGUUUGCAUUGGGCGGUUGUCAUAGCAACGGCUAUACUAAUAAAAGCCUAACCCAGUGUUAAAUGAAAAUCAAGUUUCCCCUGUUAUCCAAGACUCUAGUACCCACCUCAGUGAGCUCAUUCAGACUAUUUCCAGCCUGAAGAGUGAAGAAAAUUAAAUUCCUCUUUUAUUGUAGGAUGGUAGAAGAUGUUUUGUCAGGAAGAAAUAGAGUGUUUCCACAUCUUCAUUAGCAAAAACCAUCCAGACUGAGAGGCUAUUGUGUCUCUCCCCUGAUCUGAGCUUUAUGUAUUAUAUUGCAAACUUGCUGCAAAACUAAUUAACAAUAACAAUAAGCUCAUUGGAGUCAUCAGUCAGUCUUCCCUGUGGGGAUGUGUCUGACUCUGGGGGUGAACUCUACGGAUUUGGAUUCCGAUUGAUGGAACUGAGUGGGACUGUGUCAUGAUCAAUUUGGAUAUUAAACCGAGUAUUUUGCCGUGGGGUAGAGGUAAAAAGGCUUUUGUUUUUUCACGCACAGAGGUAUAAUUUGUACCACCCUAUCCCUAAAUGUUGUCAGCAGCGCUGCAAGAAUUUAUAAUUAAAGAUAACCACAGAGGUAUUUUGCCACCCAGGCAGUGAUCUCCUGGAAGAAAUAAGAAGCUCGUAUUUCCAGGAUUCAACAUGUUGGUGCUGCUAACAUGAUAUAGCGCAAUAAAGCUCGAUGUAUAGGAAUAGAAAGGUGAGAUCGUCUGGCCGUGUCAGUCAACAGUUGCGGCUGCCUGCCGAGUGUUUAAGUGUUGGUGGUGAUGAGCAAAGCGUUCCUGUCAUUAGGCUAAUAGAGGCAGACUUGCAGGUGUGAAGUGCCUCAGCAGGCUGCCUCAGUCCAACAUCAAUUACAGGAUACACACACACACAAAUACCAACACCGGGGAUGCUGCUGCUUCCUGUACUGUGUGCAGACACAUUGAUUAAACACAAAUGGGCAGUCGAUUAAGACGGAUAGACUGGCUGGUUUGUGUGCAUUUAAGUUUAAUCUGUGGGCCCAAAGGUGAAGCCACUGUCUAGAUGAAAGAUCCUUGAGCUCCAAUAACUUAAUGUAAUAUAAUUACAGCAAGUCAUUGUCUCAUCUCCUUCGGCAUUUUGUUAAUCAGGACAACCAUUGAAUGCAGCAGGCACAUAAGCAUUGGUUUGUAUCCCAAAUUACAUACAUCUAAGGCUGCAGUAAUGUGAUGAAGUCUCAAACUGUCAGAGGUAAUGACUUUGAUGAUUCAUGGUAGCUGAAUGUUUUAUGAUGGCUGAUAGGCAGGAGUUCCCGUCAGUAACUCUGAGUCCUGACUUGUAGACUCUGCUGCCACCUACAGCUAUAAAAGAUACAUGACAACGACGGUGGUUUUAGAAAUGUGACUGCUUUACACAGAAGCCUUGCACUAGAAUUAUAAAAAAUCUGGUAUUUAUGUUUGGUCAUUAUUACAACUGAGCUUAAGAUAAAAGAGCAAUGAGAACUGAUUGAAAGACAUUUAACCAGUGGUAGUUUAUCUGCUGCACAUGUCAGUGUUCAGUGAGUAAGCAGUGACUGGUGUGUGAUUUCAGUUGUCCCUUGGUUUCUGCUCUGAUCCAUGUUCAUUUCCCUCUCAGGCCAAACAGGAGGAGCUGGAGGAUCUUAAUAAGGAGCUGAGGCAGUGUAACCUGCAGCAGUUCAUCCAGCAGACAGGUGUGCUGCCGGCGCACACACACUCACGCACAGAUCUCCAGGAGCAACUGGAGCAGCUAGAACUGGCACACCUUCUGCAGGAAGGAUACAGCAAUGGAGGUACAGAAGCAAAAAUAAAUGGAGUCUUUUCAAAAUAAGGUGUUAUUUUGAUGCCAUUGCCAUUGAUAGGAGACCAAACUCAGUGUUUUAUACUAAGGAAGUAGCAAUCCUUAAGAAUCUGUACUUCACUGGAAUUUUUUUUUUCGUGCCCGCAACUUUAACUUUUUCUUGACUACAGUUCUGAAAAUAAAAAUAUACUUUUAUUCCACUACAUUUCACAGAAGCAUCUUUGCUUCUACUGUUUUUAUUUUGUUGCUAUGACAGCAGGUAGGGGGAACUUUUUUUCCUUUUUACCUAAUGUUGAUUUGCAUUGCGUGUCAAUCAGUCACUCAAGCCCCGGCGUGUCGGCAGCCGCUUGUAGGCUGCUUGCACCCACCUAAAUGUCCAGUGUCUGUUUGAUAGUUCUUGCCAUGCCCAACUACUGUCCCAAGUUCCCUCUUGUAGGAAGAUGCACUGUUGUCUCUCCUGAUUGUGUGUGUGUGUGUGUGUGUGUGUGUGUGUGUGUGUGUGUGUGUGUGUGUGUGUGUGUGUGUGUGCCCCUCUCUGUGUGUGUCCAUUUAUUUUUCUAAGCUGUUGCUUGCACCCACCUGAAAUGUGUGCUUAUUUAGGCAUAAGUGACUUUUGCAAAAAAAAAAAAAAAAUAUAUAUAUAUAUAUAUAUAAAUAUAUUUAUUUGUACUUUGACUUUUACUUGGAGUAUAUUUACUUGAGUACCUUUGAUACUUAAGUAGAGAGAAUGUAAUAUACUUUAAGAUAUACUUUAAGACUUCGAUUUGAGUAGAAUUCUCAUGGGAGACUUUCACUUUGAUGUGAGUCAUUUUCUGGUAAGGUAACUAUACUUCAGCUCAAAUAUAUUUGUUUAGUACUUCAUACAGCACUGUCCAUACUAAGGGUAAAGUGCCAGAUGCUUUGUAUCUGUUGACUGUCUGUCUAACUAGAGGUCCACAUUAUAACACAGGUGAAUUUAUCUCUCUUCUCCCUGACAGGCCACAGUGCACAACAAGUGGAAUCUCCGCCUCGACCCACUGCCAAACAGUUCCUCGGACAUCCACGCAACCUGCAAAACCCUCUAGUGUCCAGUCUCAACCCUGAGGGUGUGUAUGUGUGAGACCCUGCUGCUUCCCCAAGUUCAUCCCGCUCUGCUCCCCUACUACUCUCGUCCCAGAGCCCUUUGUCCCAAAACUUUCUACCCCAGCUUGGUUGGGUUCAAGAGUGCGGCUGCAGUUUUUGGUGUUGGGUGGUGGAAGCAUUUGACUGGUGGAAGUUCCUUUCAUUUGAGAAGCUGAGAACUUCUCUUUUGCACCUAAGCCUGUGUCCUCUGUUGAAUCCUGUCCCUGACUUUAUAAAACUGACUUAGACUUUAACAUUCCGCCCUCUGUUUCCUCUUAUACCCCUGUUUGCUUUAAUUCUCUGAAUCCUCUCUCACUGUUUGCUUCUUGACUAACAGAAUCUGCUUUCUUCAUACUCAAAUUCAUCUGUGAACUUGCCUCUAAUCCCGCCCCUCUGUAAUACAGAGUGGCCCUCCCUCCAGUCAACAAUCAAAUACCAACAGCUGCUUCUCACCGUAUCUCCAUGUAACACAUCGAUCGCACCGGGAAUGACUGUAGCAGACAUUCUGAUUCUGUUGUGCCGUUUUCUACUGUGACAUGGAAAUAUACGUGACCAAUGUCUUUGAGUUUGCCUUUUCUGUAUGGAUACUAUUUCUAUGUAGAAGAGCGGGUUGGGUAUCUAUACAAUGCCUUGUACUUUGGUGACACAACAUCCAAAGAGCAAGAGCCUUCAUGGAGGGCUCUGCAAAAUGUAUUGCACUGUCCCAUUCUCCUCCUGUGUGAAGCCUUGGCCCUUGUUUGCUCUACAGAGAAAUGUAUCUUGAGCUUACUGCAAUGUACUUUUAAGAAUGUCCAACUCUUAAAAGUUUAGAUGUGGGGUAAAAUACUUAAAGCAAGAGAUACAUUUCCGAAGUUCAACAGACAGGGCCAUGGUUUGUGAAGUUUUUCUUUUCCUCUGUUUGGAAGGAGGUGCAAGUUUUUCUUUCACACCUAACAUUUGACCUGUCAUAACUUGCAAUGUGCCUCAGUGUUCUGUAGGUGUAAGAUGAGCUCACUCACCUUUAGCAAAAUUAAGCAGACAAGGAGGGAUGCUGCUGUUAAUUCAGCAUUUCAGAUGUAAUCAUGUCUGUUAUUCCCGACCAUCUAAACUCACAUUAGUCACGUUAAGAAGCUGACGGGUCAAAGUCAAGUGUGCUUGAAUGUGUACUCUCUUCUCCAGUUGUUGUUUCCUUUAUGAGAUUACAUAACCUCCCUCUUGCCAUGGAAACUAAAGACAUGUCAAAGACAAACAUCCUUUGAAAAAUGCUGUCCCUAAAUGCUACCCUGACUUUAAAAAACUUUGGUGAUAGUCCUCUUAGGGUAAAGGAUAACCAGAUCUAGUGUUGGCUUUUGCUUGCGUGAAGAUCUUGAUUGACCCUGGUCUCUCCUUUUCUUAGCUGAAAAAAUGUUUUCCAAACAAAAGGAUCAUCACCCCCCCUUAUUUUUGUGUGUCUUACAGUCCUGACAUCCCGCGACUCAUCAUGGAGAUAAAACAUGGACCACAGAGCCAAGGAAAACUUGUUCACUGUUCAGUCACCAUCACUUCUUAUUUAACCCCUUUCUUUGUAACUCAUUAUUUAAUCCACAGUAUACAUAUUGUAUAUACAUAAGAAAUAUAUUUACAGAGUUUUGCUACUGUAAACACUGCAAUAUCUGUAUGAAAUGUAAAAUAAUUUAGAACAUUUUACUUAGAGCAGUUAUUACUAUGUAUUUAAAGAUAAUAAAAUUGUGUAUUGUGUUUUAGAUAAUCUUUUGCUGAGUGGUUGUUUAUUCUCAAUACCUUGUUCACAGAGUCACAUGAUGCCAUAGUAAUACUUGUUAGAGAGGAAGUUCAACUCAUUUAUAGUACCUGCAGGUAAAUAUUUAACACACCGUUGUACACUUUCAAAAAAUGACUGUGCCAUGAAGCUCCUAUGUAAAGCCAUAAUGAAUUUAUUAUAAGUGUUGAAAUAUGCAUGCUCUUCUCAUUGCUCAUGGUACCAAGAGGCCGAUGAAGCUCCAUCAUAAAUGGGCAUUUUGAAGCUGGUAUUCACAGGUGGCUGGUUGAAAGUUCAUAGAGUGCAUCCUGGUGAGCAGAGGGACAUGUAGUAGACAUCCUGGCAUCACAGCUGCUACUGCUGUUAUGGAUGAUGUAACGCGGUAGAUCUACAAGACAUGUGACCACAAAGGCACGAGGGCAGUGCAGAAGUGUGAACAUUUUAGAGGCAUGAGCAGUGAUCUACUGAGGUGUGAAAGUAUCUGCUCCAUAGUUAUAAAGCUUUUCGUUUUGUCAUGCUAAAAUGAAAGUUUUAUUUUUCCUGAGAGGAUGUCUGACAGUACAAACUUGGGAACUUUACCCCUUUUUUUUAUUCCGACAACAAAACAAAUCAUUGUCCUGUGACUUUGGAUUGUAUGAUAAAAAUCACCCUGAAAUGGUGGUAGAAACACAGUUGCACAACUGCAGGCUCCUGUACAACACUUUUGUCCUCCACCCCUUUCCUGUUUGUUUACCCCGGAGAGUAAAUAUGCCAGCUGUCACACUGAGUGACUUGAUCUUUCCUUGAUCCCAUGCUGACCGCUGACUGAAACCCUACAGAAUUCUAUAAAAACCUGGCCACAGAUAACAUCCGGGCAAAAUCCACCCCCCCACCCCCAAA